CUGCCGAAGCUGACGACUCAUUUUUUGUCAUUUACCGAUUACCUGUGGCGAAAUUUUACCCUCGCUCGACUGGAAAGUGCGUACGAGAUCCGUGCGGACCUGGUGGAUGUUGUGCGUAGACUUCGACCUCUACUGCGCCAAGGCAUGGACGACGAAGACGAGGCUCCCGUCCAACAGACAGAAUUUAGCGGCUGGGCUCGGAUGGCUUUGGAACUGGAUGGGCAGCUUCGGAUAACCAAGGUGGCUCAGCCUCUUCUAGGAGAACUACACCCUUCCCUGGUAUCUGCAGAGAUUGCGAUCGAUCUAGGCCCGUGCGGAGACGCGAUCCGCAAGGAAUGGGACGAAUUGGGAGAGUUUGACAAUUUGUUUCUGCUGACGAUCGAUGCCAGUUGCAUGACCGGUCAGGCUGCACCGUUAAUGAAGGACUUUCACUUGAAUCACGGAAGUCAUCACCGCUGGACGUCGGAUAGCGAUCGCCCUAUACCUGACGAGGACGACCGAACUUUUCCGUCGCGGUACGGAAUCCAAGCCGUUCGGGGUUGUUUAAUCCUGCAAGUCCGUGACGGAGAAGGAAACACAAUCAGCGAUGCUGGUGGUCCACAGCCCAAAGGUACCAAACGUAUUUUCCGGAUUGCACUGGAUCCCACCCAAUAUUCAAUGGAUGCCAAAGGAGACAAGGGAACGGAUCUAUAUCGAACACUGAACCUUGUUGUACGGCGACACGGUCGAGAAAACAACUUCAAGUCCGUGCUGGAAACCAUCCGGGGACUGAUGGUAGGCAGCGGUUCGAUUCAGCGUGUUAUUCCCCCGUGGCUUCAGCCUCUGCUGCUUGGACAGGGCAAUCCGUCCGACGCGUCCUUCACAUCCAGCAUUGUGAAAGAAUAUGCGUUAAAAACAGUGGGAGUGGCAAAUCCAGGUGACGCGCUAGACUUUUGCGAUACAUUUUUGGACGCAGAUCAUCUUCGGCAAUCGUUUCCUAACACGACGGUUACGGUGGAAGUUGAUGUUGAAGAUACCUCAAGAAAAAACUUUAAGGUACAGCUUUCUGAGAAAACGGGAAGUUCUGCAGUCAAGGCAUCCGCGUAUCGCUUCUUUCAGCAUGUUAAAGGAAACCCGGUUCGAUUCACUCCCCGACAAGUAGAAGCGAUUCGAUCGGGAUUGUCCUCGGGUUUGACCAUGGUUGUCGGGCCACCCGGUACCGGCAAAACAGAUGUAGCCGUCCAAAUUAUUGCGAGUUUGUACCACUCUUUCCCAACGCAACGAACUGUUGUGAUCACACACUCAAAUGCUGCGCUGAAUGAUAUAUUCCAAAAGGUGAUGCAACGGGGCGAUGUUGACGAACGAUAUCUGCUACGCCUCGGAUCGGGAGAAAGGGAUUUGGAGACGGAAUCGUCUCACGACUUUACAAAGGCAGGUCGCGUGGCCUACAGCUUUGCUCGACGAGGUCAGCUUCUUGAGCAAGUGCAGCUUCUCUCUGAGUCGUUAGGUUGCAGUGGUAAAGCAGAACGAGGUGCGGAUGGUUCGCCUUCGUACACGUGCGAGAGCGCCGAGUACUUCAAUCAAUAUCAAGUACAAAGACGUAUUCGAGCUUUCAGACAUGAAAUUGCGAAUGAAAAAAUCAAUUCCUCGGCAAUCUUUCCUUUCAAAACAUAUUUUGGCCUAGGGGAAGGCGAACUGAUCGAUGUUGACGCUGCAAUGCGUUUCUUUUCUACACUCGAUGAAAUUUUUGCUGAGCUACAAGAAUACCGCCCACUUGAGCUCUUACGCUCUCAGUGGAAGCGUGCUGACUAUAUUAUAAUGAAGCAAGCUCGGGUAGUUGCCAUGACAUGCACCCAUGCGGCGAUUGCCCGGUCACAUCUUCUUCAGUUGGGAUUUGAAUACGACAAUGUAGUCGUUGAGGAAGCUGGUCAAAUGACUGAAAUUGAAACCUUCAUUCCGCUGCUUUUACAAAAAGGGGAAACCGACAAAAAGAUCUCGGGUUCUUCUCGUUUGAAGCGAAUUUGUCUUAUGGGCGAUCACAAUCAAUUACCACCCGUUGUCAAGAAUAUGUCGUUUGCCAGGUAUAGCAACCUCGAUCAGAGUUUCUUCUCGAGAAUGAUUCGUUUGGGAGCCCCAUACAUUCAACUUAAUAUGCAAGGCCGCGCCCGCCCAGAAAUUGCCAAUCUCUACAGCUGGCGCUACAGAAAUCUCGGCAACUUAGAACAUGUUCAAACACAGCAACGUUUCUCAGUGGGCAAUGCAGGGCUUGCUCAUACAUUUCAACUUAUCAAUGUGGAGGACUUCGAAGGAAAAGGAGAAACCUCCCCAACAGCGCAUUUUUACCAAAAUGUGGGCGAGGCAGAAUACGCCGUUGCCAUCUUCCAAUAUAUGGUGCUAAUCGGCUACCUCCCGCAACGAAUUUCUAUCUUGGCGACCUACAAUGGACAGAAAGCCCUCAUUUCCGACAUUUUAUCGCAACGUUGCGGCGCCGGCACACCCCUCGCUGGUAUUCGACCCAAGACUGUCUCAACCGUUGAUCAAUACCAAGGUCAACAAAACGACUUUGUCAUUCUUUCGCUGGUCCGAACGCAGUCGGUGGGUCAUUUACGCGAUAUUCGACGCCUGGUUGUUGCGGUCUCUCGAGCUCGACUCGGUUUAUACAUUGUUUGUCGGCAAAGCGUGUUUGUCAAUUGCUAUGAGCUCAAACCGGCAAUGGAUAUACUGGUGUCGCGACCAACGAAGUUACAAUUGGUGUUAGGCGAGCACGCUCCGACAACGCGGAAAAUUGGAGAUGAUAUACCCUCGGAUCAGCUCUUUGAAGUGGAAGAUGUCUCCCAUCUUGGAUCUAUGGUA